AUGCUCCAGGCAACCAAGAAUGUACCACGCGCAGCGCUACUGUGCCUCGUCAUUUCCAUCGCGCUCUCCGCGCCGUGCGCCGUGCGCGGCGCGCAGGGUCCCGCCGCGACGUCGAUAGCGGCGACACUGGCGAGCGCGGAGUCGCCGUCGCAGUCGUUCAACGUGUCGCUGCUCGUCCUCAACGCCACCGGGCUGCUCGCCAAGCUGCCCUCGCUCGCUCACUCUCUUCUCGCCCACCGACGCCGCACCCCCGGAAGCCCGGGCAGUCCGGGGAACAGCUCGGGCGGCGCGGGCAGUUCGGACGCCGCCAAUCCCGGUGGCAUCGCACAGCCGACCCCAGCGCCCGGUGUUGCCCCCGCUGCGGGAGGCGCUAGCGGCGGUGCGAGCGCGGCGAUGAUUCCCGGCCUUCCCCAGGUUGACUUGACGCUGCCCGGCGUUCCCGACGUGGCGAUUCCUGGGAUUCCCGGCGGGUCAGACGGAUUGAAUUCGACAAUACCUGUGGAUAACAUGACCAUUCCCAUGCCCGAUCUCAACAUGACCUUUCCCAACAUGUCCAUGCCAAAUAUGAGCCCGUUGACUUUCGACCCGCUUCUCGCCGCAUUGAGCGCCGUGUUUUCCGGCGACGGGACGCCCGCGUCGCUGGCGGCGCUGGCGAAGGAGCGGCCCGAGGCGCUGAAGGCUCUGUCGGAGCUGCUCGCAUACCACGUGGCGACGGCGGCGCUGAACGCGGCGGCCAUCGCGGCGCAGUUCACGGCGGAUGCGGGCAACCUGACGACGGUGAACGGGCAGGGGCUGUGGAUCAACUUCAACACGAGCGAGACCGCCGCGCUGCUCAACGCGUACUCGCCCGCGCAGCGCGCGCUGAUCAGCGAGGGGAUAAGCGUGGGGUACGACGGCACCAUCUACUACCCCAACGGCACCACCGUCGCCGCUAACGGCACCGUCAUCUUUGACCCCGCGACGAGCCCAAUAGCCGUGGACUCGGAGGGUAACACAUACUUCGCCAACGGUACUGUAAUCAGCGCCAAUGGCACCGUCCUGAGCACCAACGGCACCAAUGGCGUCGCCAUCCCCAUUGACGGGCCGGGCCUCCCCGUGCCUCCCCUCCCGCAGCCCCCCGUCGUCUCAUCACCCCCCUCCAGCGGCGUCGGCUCGGUGGCGCCGCGCGGCAUGGCUGGCGCGCAGAUGAUGAUGGAGCCGCAGCCGCAGCCGCAGCCGCAGCCUCAACCCGCCCCCAUGAUGGGCGGCCCCGCCGAGAUGCCUCCCGCCACCGCCAUGCCCGCCCCCGCUGUCAUGCCCCCCGCCGAUAUGCCCCCCAACGUCCUGGUAGACCCGAUUCCGGGGGUCAUGGGCGGGGGGGGCAUGGGGGGCGGCUGGAACUGGGGCAACUGGAGCGCGGAGGAGCAGCAGCAGUGGUGGGGGAAUGCGACUGAGUGGAUGAACCAGGCCGUGCCAGGGCUGAACGUGACUGCCACUGAAUACCUCGCGUGGCUCAACGCCUCCUCCUCCGCCUGGGCGGCAGGCUCUAAUAUGAUGUGGGAGCAGGCUGGCAGCGACAUGAACGUGGCUCGGGUGGUGCGAGCUGAUCUGAUGGACAGCGCUGGCAUGGUGGUGCAUGGCGUCGAUGGCGUGCUCUUCCCCCACUACAGGGACAUGCCCGUGUUCAAGGACGGGGGGAGCGGAGCAGGAGGAGGAGGAGCAGAGGGUGACGUGCCCAUCGCCAUGCCUGUUGUGGCACCUGGUGGCGUUGCUAACGACAGUGCGAACGGCGCCGGCACUAAUGGCACUGCCACUGGCGGGAAGUCUGAUGACAGUGCUGCCACGGGUGCUGGUAGUCCUGCUGCUGCUGGGUCUAGCAGCAGCAGCAGCAGCAGCAGUAGCGGUGGGCAGGAUGCAUCUAAGAGUGCAGCGAGUGGCAUGCCAGCACCACCUGCUGGGUCACCUUCUGCGGGUAAAUCACAGAGCAAGGCUGCUGCAGUCCCCCUCCUCUUGACUGCUGCGCUCUCCCUCGUGGCUCUGCUAUAG